ACCUUUCGUACUUUGCUCUUAUACAAAGUAAUUAUUCUAUAGAUAGACGAGUUAUCACUUUCUUUUCAGGACUAUGGUCCUCUCUAUUAACACACCUUUUACCACCAACUUGCUCCAACUACACGCCGAAACGGAUCAGCCAGCGGAGACUCAAAGCUUGGUACCUCAAGCAACUAUCGAUGGUUUCCCCGCCAGUUUUCGCGAUGCCAAAGGCAAAAUUCAGAUCCUUAAUGACCCAACCGCGUUUCUAUCGAUGGAGCUUUCGCUCCAAAAAUUAGAAGUAUUCUCAAAGUACUUUUGGGCAAUCGGGAGUAAACGCCCAGCAGCACCGCUAAAUUAUCAAAUAUACUCGGGCAGAGAAGUUGUUCCCUGCGAGCGUCUGGAUUUGCAUCUCGUUUGGACGAACGACGGAAGAAUCUUCAUAAAGCCCUUGCCUCGUUUCUUGCUUAGUCUCGAGGUUUGGAAUGAAUAUCUCAAUUGCAGGGUUGAUUGCAAGUGUCAACAAGGUUCCGCCGUACUCGAUACCGGCAGUGCUCGACAGAUACCACAUCAUCAUGGGCCCGACAAUUUGAGAGGCGUGAAGGUCAACCAAGCCGGCAUUAGUUGGCCUCCGAGGACUCGGCGAGAUGUCUGUGCACUACGGAGAUGCGCCCUAGGUUUCCUCUACUCGUAUGUUUGCCUUCUUACUUACGAGAGCGACUUUGCGUACGCGAAAGAACACCAUCUUCUUCCUCGUUUAGCUAAGGGCACAGAGAUCCAAUGGGAUGAUUGGAAGAAGUUUUCCAGGGAGAUUCUCGCCAAAUACAAGGAAGCCGAUGUACACCCGCGCUUCCACCGGGGAGAACUUCGUCUUUCCCGACUGAAUUUCUUUAGUCGCUUCACUCAGUGGCCGUUAUUUACAUCAUAUAUUCGCGGUUGGCGGAAUUACGGUAGCUUGGUCCGGGACAAUAUCACCUCACUAGCUACAGUUACUGUUUUUAUUGCCUUGAUUCUGACGGCAAUGCAAGUUGCACUUGCCACGGACCAAAUCAAAGCAAACCCUCGGUUCAUGGAUGUUUCGUACGGCUUCUCUAUUUUUGCUAUUUUGGCUCCGCUGUUCGUGUUAUUCCUGGUUAUUGUAGAAGUUUCUUAUAACCUUCUUAAAGAUAACCUAUUGACCCCAAACGUUGCCAAAAAGCCGGCUGGAAAGAAGAGGCCUGCAGCAGACGCGUCGGUAUAAGAAAGAGAGCUGAUCAGUAUGGCUAUAUAGCCUGGUAGCGUAGUUGAGUCUUGAAAUACGAGCUAUUUAUAGUUCAGGGGAAGUAUGGUGUAGGGGACGGAACUAAGCAGCAAGCAACCGUAAAGUAGCCUUGACAAGUCUUCGUCAUAAAAUAUGCGAACUGAUACUUUGAUCGUAGCUUAUAUAAACGAAGUGAAGA